AUGUUUGGCAAAACUGCUCUCUUGGCGCUUGCCGUACUCCCCUUCACCCUGGGCCAGGUCUCUGAGGAUUUCGAAAGCGGAUGGGACCAGACGGCAUGGCCCACGUACGCGCAGGAUUGCAGCCAGGGUGGCAAGGUGACGCUCGACAGCAGCACAGCCCAUAGUGGCAAGAACUCGAUGCGCGUCGAUGGUGCGGGAGGCUAUUGCGGACACAUCUUCUUCGGAACAUCAAAAAUCCCCAGCGGCGACGUCUAUGUCCGGGCCUGGAUCAAAGCGUCCAAGGCGCUGACGAGCUCGCACGUGUCCUUCAUCACCAUGCCCGACUCGGCGCAGGGCAGCAAGAAGCACCUGCGCAUCGGCGGGCAGAGCAACAUCCUCAUGUACAACCGCGAGUCGGACGACGCGACGCUGCCGGACCUGUCGCCCAACGGCAUUGCGGCGUCGACCAAGCUGCCGACGGGCAGCUGGCAGUGCUUCGAGUACCACCUGGGGCCCGACGGCACCGUCGAGACGUGGCUCAACAGCAACGCCAUCGCCGGCCUGACCGCAAAGGCCGGCGUCUCCAACGCCAACGCCGCCCAGUGGCAGCGCAGCAGCGUCAAGCCCAAGGUCACAGCCAUCUACUUUGGCUGGGAGUCUUACGGCGGCGACACAAACACCUUUUGGUACGACGACAUUGCCGUCAGCUCUACCCGCGUGGGCUGCACUUAG